UUCCCCCCUCCGUCAUUUGGCUCUUAAAUCUGGUUACUGCUCUUGGCUUCCUUCCUUUCUUUUCUUACCUUCUCUACUACAAGAAACGCAAUUGCAGGCCAAUUCACUUCUUUUUUGUCCUAUACCCAUCAAAAUCCCCCUCCCAUCAACCACACAGACACCACCACCAUGGCCUCCAACCUCCCCGAAGAGCCUAUCACCAUCCCCGCGGACCGGGAUGGAGUCGCCUACCUGUACGGCCACCCGCUCCUGAACUCCCUCUCGCCGCCGCUGCACAAGACCGUGUACGAGAAGCUGGGGUUGAAUUGGAUUCAGAUUCCGCUGUCGAGCGUGACGGGGAAGUCGGAGACUUACCCGCCGCCGUACACGCGGUCGCCGCCGAUCGACAAGUUCUUGGCCUCCAUUAAAUCGAACCCGAAGUUCGUGGGCUCGUCGGUAACGAUGCCGUGGAAGGUCGAGAUUAUGCCGCACCUGGACGAUCUGACGGAGGACGCGCGCCAGGCGGGCGCCUGCAACACCAUCUUCUUGCAGACCGACGCCACGACGGGCGAGCGCCGCUACGUCGGCACCAACACCGACUGCAACGGGAUCCGCGAGGCGCUGGUGCAGAACUCUCCCGACUCGGCCGCCUUCCGCGGCAGGCCCGCCCUGGUUGUCGGCGGCGGCGGCACCGCCCGCACCGCCGUCUACGUCUUCCGCAAGUGGCUCGGCGCCAGUAAGAUCUACAUUGUCAACCGCGACGCCGCCGAGGUCGCCGCCAUCCUCGAGGAGGACCGCCAGCGCAACGCCGGCAGCACCACCCCGCUCGCCCCCAUCGUCCCCGUCACCGAUCCCGAGGUCGCCGCCUCCCUCGAGACCCCCGCCGCUAUUGUGUCGGGCAUUCCCAACUACCCGCCCAAGACCCCCGAGGAGAUCAACGCCCGCGCCGUGUUGCAGGCCCUGCUGGGCAGCAAGGCGGACGACAAGCCCAAGGGAGUUAUUCUGGAGAUGUGCUACCACCCCGUCCCCUGGACCGAGAUCGCCGAAAUCGCCGACGCUGCGGGCUGGAAGGUCAUUCAGGGUUCCGAGGCCCUGAUCUGGCAGGGUCUGGAGCAGGCCCGUCUCUGGACCGGUGCCGAUAUCAUCGGCACGCCCGGUCUGGUCGAUGAGAUCAAGGAACUUGUCGCUAAGACGAUCGCCGAGAGAACGCAGCCCAAGUCUGCUUGAACUUGAUUUUCUUUUUUUUUUUUCUCGGAC